GAAAGAAGAGCCGUGUGCAUUUUACUGUCUAUGCCAUGGCAUUUAGUUGCGAAUAGUUUUCUGUAUUCAAUAAUCAGUCGGGUGUGGUUCUGAAACGACAGGCAGAUAACGGUAGCCUACAUCAGAGAAGAGUUCGUCGAAUAAUCUCCACGAAUCAUCAUCAUCAUAAAAUCUAAUUUAAUCAACUGUAAGAAAUGAAGAACGUCAUAGUGAUAAUUUUAUUGUCAUUUUUAAUGAACGGUGUGUUUGGUGCUGAUGAAAUGAAAGUGACUGAUGGAGAUUCUUUGACUCUACCGACUGGUCUUACUGAAAUACAGAGUAGCGAUCGGAUAUUAUGGCUGUAUGGAUCUGACCGAACCAUCAUAGCUAAAAUAGAUGCAGGAACUAAUAAUACCGAUAAUGACGAUGAGAGAUUUCAAGGCAAUCUGGAGCUCGACAAACAGACUGGAUCUCUCACCAUCAAAAACGUCAAAAUAAAAAACUCUGGAUAUUAUCAACUAGACAUCAAGAGAGGGUCCACAAUCAAGGAUUUCAAUGUAAAGGUCUAUGCUAUUCUGCCCACACCUGACAUUGACUCUCAACAUUGUGCUCAAACACCAGUGGGGUCAUCAAGCCCAAGAUGUGUUUUUCAGUGUUCUGUGCAAACAUCUGACCAGACAACUCUCUUCUGGUACAGAGGAAACAGUGUAAUUUCCAGUAAAAUCUCUGAUAUUUGCAGCAGACUCUCUUUACGUCUGGAGGUAAAUUAUGAGGAUAAAAACAUCUAUAGUUGCAUGGUCAAGAAUCCCAUCACCAACAAGACUAAACAUUUGGACGUCACUCAACUCUGUCAACCAUGUGCAGCUGUUCCAUCUUCAGGUCUGCCUCCAGGUGCUAUCGUAGGGAUAGUUGUUCUGGCGGUGGCUGUUGCUGUUGUUGCUGCUGUGAUUUACAAGCGCAACAGAAUACCUGAACGACAAAAACAAAUAGAUAAAAUUGGUCCUGAGCCUGUUAAAUGUCGUAAGGGAAGAUGUGCUGUCCUACGGUCUGAUCAUGACAUAAAGAGAGGUGAUAAGAUGCUGUUUACACAUGUCUCCUGUAAAAAAGAGUCUGCUAUUGCUUCAAUUAGUGAAAAUGACAAGAAGACCUAUUGGUAUGAUAGAAGAUUCAGAGGCAGACUUCAGCUGGAUCCUCGGACUGGAUCUCUGAUCAUCAGAAACCUCCGAAAGACAGACGCUGGAGUUUAUGUUCUAGAGAUCAAAACCAGAGGAGGGACCAUAUACAGAAAAUAUGAAGUAAUUCUCUUUGGUGAAGUGAAGACGGUGUCAGUGAAGGAGAAAGAUAAUGUCAAGCUAGAUUUUUCAGAAAAGAUGGAGAUUUCUAUAAAGUGGGAGUUUGGCGAGGAGAAGGGUUUCAUAGCUUCAUUAAUAAAAAAGGACAAUCCAAAUGACAAAGUAGAAGCUGAGUAUUCUGGUGAGAGAUUCAGAGACAAUCUGCAGCUGGACAUGAAGAAUGGAUAUCUGACCAUCAACAACAUCAGAACUGAACACACUGGACUUUAUACAGUAAAAUCAAAUCCUGGAUAUAACUUCAGCAAAUCAUUCAAUGUUGUUUUUGAUGAUUUCACUGAGACCGCAGGGAAUGAAUCAGUGAAUACAGGUUUUACGGGUCAAAUCCUGAAGUGUUGUAGACUGGAAAGAAUUGGUGGGGUGUUCGGAGAUGAAAAAGAUGAAAUGAAGACUCUGUCAGUGAAGGAGGGAGGUGAUCUCAAUCUAAACACUGAAACUGAAAUACAGACAGAUGAUGAGAUAAUCGUGAGGUUUGGAACAGCUUUGGGGAAAAGACGCCCAUAUGUUACCAUAGCUAGAAUCAGUAAACCGGGCGGUGAUGAUGAUUUUAAAUCUGCAGAGAGAUUUAAAGACAGACUGCUGCUGGAUCUCACUGAACAUCUCACCAUCACCAUCAGAGACUUCAAAAUCACAGACUAUGGAGAUUAUUAUAUACAGAUUACCAACAAGGAAAAGAAGAGCUUCAAGUCUUUCACAUUCAUUGUUGUUCCCAGCGAUGAGGCUGUGAAGACCGUGUCAGUGAUAAAGGAAAAACCUAUCAAACUAAAUCCUGACAUUCCCAAAUUACAAGAAAAUGAACAGGUUCUGUGGACAUUUGGACCAUAUGGCAUGAUCAUAGCUGACACCACCAACCCCUCUAGAUGUGAUAAGAGAUUCAGAGGCAGACUGGCGCUGGACAAGAAGACUGGAUCUCUGACCAUCAGAGAGAGCACAACAGAAGACACUGGAAUUUAUCAACACCUAAUCAUCGGCGGCAACAGAAUCAGAAAUCAGAGAUUUAAUGUUACUGUUAAGGAGGAUGCAAGUAGUGAGCAAAUCCCAGAUGAAGAUGAAGGCAGCGCCUUAAGGAAAUUUCUCGAUGAAAUUGAACUGGAGGCAGAACAUUCGCUGUGAUGAGAUGAGAGACGGCCAACAUCACCCAUGACAUCACCAAGAUUUCAGCUCUGCUACGGCAGCAAAACACAUUUCUGAUGUUACGAAUCCAUUAGAUGAACGAAGAAACGUUUAUCAAACACUUUCAUAUAUCAUUUUAAUAUUGUUACAUUUUAUACCUGUUACUCUAUUAGCAGUUUGAGUCUCAGUUUUUGAUAUCGUCUGAUCAGACGGUGAGCAACAAACAUAUUUUUUGUUUUCCCACUGUAGUAUUUCUCUAACCAUUGCGUGUGCUGUUUUAUACAAUAAUUAACACCAAUACCAGAUUGUUUAUUUAGCUAUGUACUCUGUGUGCCUUUAAAACCGAGAUCACCUGACCUUCUGCUCGAGUAGAAAUAAAUCACAGUGUAAAUAUGAGAUACAGUUCAGAAACAUCAGUGACCGUCCAGUGCCAGUCAAUGAUGUUAGUCAGUUUGCUCAACUCUAUUAUUCAGUGUUAUGAUACCACAUUAUGUUGUGCUUUUAUUGCAUUUUUUUUUUUGUUCUUUUAAAUUUUGACAAAAGCGUCUGCUUCUUGUAAGAUUGAUAUACUGCUGAUCUUUAUACCUGAUCAUAUCUGUCCUCUAUAGUGGACUCAGCCUUUGCUUCCUAACAGCUGUAUUCACAUUAAAACAUAAGACCAAUGUUCCUACAUAUGUUCAUGUGAAUGUUAUAAUAAUUAACAAUAAUAAAA